AUAUCAUAACAUUUCCGCUUUUCCAGGAUUUCCAUUUACAACCAGUCCUGAGCUGUCACAUCUAAAGUAGACACGAGUAAGUACCAUUCUCUUCUUUCAUUAAACGUUAGUGAGGUAGCUAGCUAGCUAUUGUGGUGGCUUUAAGUGCAUUGUUAAUCGUCAGGGAAAAUAGUGUCCUCAAUGCUGAGUGAAUUGUUAUUGUUAGCUCAAUGGAGAUUGCUUUCGACAUCAGCUAGAUACGAUUAGCUAGCUAGCUAACCAGCACUACUGGGGCUGCAGACUUGUGACACUCACGUUAGGUAGUUAGUAGUCUAAUGCAUGGGGAAUAAAAGUUAAAGAAUAGGCCGAUUUCCUUCAAAAUAUCAGCAGGUUUCAUGCAGUAGCACUAUAACACACACACAUGCCUAGCUAGCUAGUAACCUUUGGCAGUUGGGUUUAGAAGGGUACUCAGUUUCAAUAACUGCAUAAAUGAGCCUAGUGCCUGGCACACUGCUUGUUACUUAGCUCAGGGGUAGGCAACCCUGUUCCUGGAGUACUGCAGGAUUUAGUUCCAACUAGGCACCACACCAGACCAACUGAGCUAAUUGAUCAGUUCAAUGAUUGCCUAAAUUCAAAACACCUGGUCUUCCAGUCGGUUAAAUCAACAACAUGAAGUGCCUAUGGCACUCCAGGACCAGGGUUGCCUACCCCUGCUGUAGCUACUUAAUUUCAGGUGUGUGAGAGUGUGUCAUUGAUAUAGGUGUGUGUAAGGACAGGUAGUCUAUAAGUGCUUAAAGGUGUGCUUUAGCCCAUGUAAUGGUGACAGUGCAAAUACUGUCCUUUCCCCUACUACAGGUAGAGGGUUGUGUUGAUUCAUUGAAUUGACUAUUGUUGACUAAUGUGAGUGAUCAUAUGGGUCUAAACGUCUUGAGGGUACAUAUUAUAUAUUUUUUUAUCUCGGAGCUGUACACUUUUGUAUCUCUCCUUCCAUCAGCAAUGUCGGGAAAUCCAGCAGUGGUGAUGCGUUUGGUUGCUUCGGCUUACGCAGUGGCAGAGAAGGCAGGAGCCAUCAUAAGGAGGGUUCUUCACAGCGGAGAGCUGGGAAUCGUGGAAAAGGUAGGACUGACUGAACAGAGAGUGGGGCAAAGUGCUGAAUUGAGGGAAAUUGAUGGGACAGUGAAAUGGAGCCUGAAUGUUGUGUUUAUAAAUGAUCUCUCUUUCUCAUGUGGACAGACAGGGGCUAACGAUCUACAGACACUGGCAGACAGGCUAGUCCAGCAGAGCAUAUGUGCCUCCCUAUCGAAAAGCUUCCCCAAAAUCACCAUCAUCGGAGAGGAGGUGGGUGUGUGCAACGUCAGGUAUUGACGUUGAGGUUUGCACUAUUGUCUGGGGCAAGUGAACUGAGCAGUCGGGCAAGUUGAGUCUGCUCUUACGCCCAGGUUUCGUUUAAAUGAAUUGGAGCGUCUCACGUUCUGCAAAAGUUAUGCGUCCGAUGUAGCAGGCCAGUAAAACAGAUUUUAAUGCGUUGUUUAAUGAAGUGUCCGGCAAGUUAUCGCAAUUUUGUGUGUAAACAAAUUACUUUUUAAAAAUUCAGGCAUGUGACUAAUCUUUGGGCAACCAAAAAAUACUGCUGACUUGUCUGAUGGGCAAGUGCCUUUCAGACCUUAAUGUAAAUCCCUGCAACUUGCAUGAAUAUGAUAUGUCCUAAUGUUACUGACCAAUGUUUUUUGAUGUAAAGAUUAGAGUACACAACACAUUGCACAACAUCCCUGUCUUAACAGUGAACAUCUCUCACACAUCAGGAUCUGCCAGAGGAGGCUGUCAAAGAGGACCUGAUUGAGAGCGGUCAGUCUGAAGAAAUUUUACAAAAGUCCUGUCCAUUGGAAUACAGUGCCCUGACAGAGGAGGAGGUGAGACACAGGGACUUUAGAGCUGAAACCGAAACCUACUGUACUGAUUUUGAUCAUUUUCUGUGUACUGACUUCUUAUUCCACCUGUGUUUCUGUGUUUGACUGUCCCUGUGUCUGAAUUUUAGCUGGUUGUGUGGGUCGACCCCCUUGAUGGCACUAAAGAAUACACUGAAGGUAAACAAACUUACUACGGUGUUAUUAUUUUGCCAGUCUUUUGUUUAGAUCACUAAUUACAGGCUUCCAACACACACCCUUGAUUACGACUAGAUAUUUCAGUCUUCUCUUACACUACUCUUCUCCUCUUAGACCUAUGCAUUUUCCUCUCUGACAAAAAUCUGGGGAACAUUUCAUUCAGUCACAUCUCCUAAUCAUCAGUGCUGAUUCCCUCUUUUUCGCUCUCUCUCUCUCUCAUGUCAUCCCUGCUGAGCAGCGGCGAAGUGUCUUUACCUGUCAGAUCAGGUCCAGAUGGGUCAUAAGGGGUCGGAUGCCUAGCUUCUCAGCACGGCUCUCCGUAUGGUGACAGAGGGAGGUCAUUGGGACUGGGAGGGACAAGGGCAGAAUAGGUGAAGGGUAAAGGAGGAAUGUUUGGGCUUCUCUAUCCUUUUUUCCCUUUAUGUGCUAUUAUACUACCCUUACAUCACUUGUUUGUUCUUCAUGCUGGAAAACUACUACAGUAUGAUGUCGAUACUAGUUGUACAGUAGGAUGUCGAUGCUAGUUGUACAGUAGGAUGUCAAUAUUUUUGUGAAGUCCACUGUUUGUGUUCCCUUCAGCUAACAUGUUAUCUGAUCUCAGGGCUUCUUGAUCACGUGACUGUACUGAUUGGCAUUGCAUAUGGAGGGAAGGCCAUUGCUGGGGUCAUCAACCAGCCCUUCUUCAAUUACCAGGUACCAACAAAUUAUUGACGACAAAUUCUUUUUCUGCCUUAUACCCUUUUACCUAUCAGGGCAUGUUCAGUAGGGAGAAAACAUUUUAGAAAUAGGGAAGUGUUACCAGAUUUCCAAUAAAAACAGAUUUUUCAGUUUCAAAACGUUUUGCUACAGUGUGCCCUAUUGAACACGACCUUGGUCCGUGAGUGUGUAAUGUCCUGUGUUUUGUAUCCACAGCUGGGGACGGAGACAGCAGAAAUGGGGAGAACUCUGUGGGGAAUGCCGGGACUGGGCGCCUUUGGGUUCGAGCUACAGGAGGUCCCGGAUGGCCGACGCAUAGUCACCACCACCCGUUCCCACAGCAACAAACUCGUCACAGACACCGUGGAUGCCAUGGAACCUCAUGAUGUGAUAAGAGUUGGCGGAGCAGGAAAUAAGGUGAAAUAUACAGGGAUGAGAAGGUAUGGGGGUGCAAAGGUAUCAACAUAACUAUAAAAUGUAUUAUUUCUCUGUUGAACCCUUUCUUUGUGUAGAUUGUUCAGCUUGUGGAGGGGAAGGCCUCAGCCUAUGUCUUUGCCAGUCUAGGAACUAAAAAGUGGGACACAUGUGCCCCUGAAGCCAUCCUGCAUGCAGUAGGAGGUACGCAACAUCCUUCCUCUCGAUCUUACUGAAAGUACCUCUAAUUAUGAGUAAUGACAGUAAUAAUAUUGCCUGCUAUGUGUUUGUUUCUGUUUGUCCCUCUGCAGGUAAGCUGACAGACAUGCAUGGCAGUGCGUUGCGUUACGAUGCUAACGUGAAGCACAUGAACUCUGCCGGGGUGCUGGCCACUCUACGCAACCACCAGUACUACGCCAGCAAAGUGCCCCAGUCAGUCCUGCAGGCCCUCAAACCCUGAUUUUUACAUUUUAGUCAUUUAGCAGACGCUCUUAUCCAGAGCGACUUACAGUUAGUGAGUGCAUCAAUUUUUUUUCAUACUGGUCCACGUGGGAAUCGAACCCACAAGCCUGACGUUGCAAACACCAUGCUCUACCAACUGAGCUACACGGGACUGAUUGAUACAUAUAGUUUACAACUCUGUUAUUGUCCAAAAACACUGUCAAGUGAUUACCAUACAUUUUCUAUCAUCUUUAGUGAUGUAUGGAAUUUCUGUUUUAAUUUCUAAUUACUUGUAUAAAAUGUAAUUGAUAAUGUAAUCUGUAAUACCCAAAAGUAAUUAUUUAUCAUGAGGGUCAUAAACAAUAACUAGUAAUGCUGCAUACUCCAAGAAAGGUUAAAAUCUCACCUUUCUGGUAAAAGUAGUUAUACAUUUUUGAGGUCUAGUCACUUUUGAGGACACAAGCUCAAGUACACACAGAGUACAAAUAUAAAAAUGAAAUAUUUUGUAUUUCCUAUUCAGCAAAACUGUAUGAAUAAGGCUUGCAAUGACAUAUGGUUUCUAAAUAUAGUAUAAUCAAAUUAUAAAAUGAACUAUAAGAUUUCACCUUAACUGUCAAAUACAUAUUUGUAUGUUUAGUGUUAGAAAAUGUGCAUAUUUUCUAAAGGUCUCUUGAUUAAAGCGUCUGACCUGAUCGCUGUGAACGUCUCAGAGCUCUAGCUUGGCUUCUUGAACGCAUUAGGAGCACACCUUUCAUCUCAUAUUAAAAUUGUCCGUCUAUGACAGUGUUUUGUGUUUAACAUCAAUUAUUUUAAUGGCUGUAAAUCGAUCUCUAAGUGUGCUAUAGUGAUGAAACCACUCUCUCCAGCUGCGCUACUCUCUAAGGAUUGCAGGCAUGUGCUUUGUCAGUGGCUGUGAUGUAGGGUUCAGGCAGGAGUUGGACAGUCGGAAGAGGGAAUGAAAUGGUAGGAGGGACAUCCCAGCUUCAAGUGGUUUCAGAUUUCACAUACUAUGUGAAACAGGCUCAGAAAAUAUACUACUGUGUCCUUGGGAACCGGGGCUAUCGCUCAAUGCAAGCCAUUUCGAUCUACGGUGUCCACAGAUAAAAUCAUAAGCGAAAAUGUCAGUCAGAACCGGUACCAGAACCACGCAGGUCCCCUAAACAGGGGACAUUACAUCUAAGAGAUAACAUAACGUGUUCCACAUCAGUGUAAAAAAAGUAAUAUACACUGCUCAACACAAUGUAACUCCAAGUCAAUCUCACUUCUGUGAAAUCAAACUGUCCACUUAGGAAGCAACACUGAUUGACAAUACAUUUCACAUGCUGUUGUGCAAAUGGAAUAGACAACAGGUUGAAAUUAUAGGCAAUUAGCAAGACACCCCCAAUAAAGGAGUGGUUCUGCAGGUGGUGACCACAGACCACUUCUCAGUUCCUAUGCUUCCUGGCUGAUGUUUUGGUCACUUUUGAAUGCUGGCGGUGCUUUCACUUUAGUGGUAGCAUGAGACGGAGUCUACAACCCACACAAGAGGCUCAGGUAGUGCAGCUCAUCCAGGAUGGCACAUCAAUGCGAUCUGUGGCAAGAAGGUUUGCUGUGUCUGUCAGCGUAGUGUCCAGAGCAUGGAGGCGCUACCAGGAGACAGGCCAGUACAUCAGGAGACGUGGAGGAGGCCGUAGGAGGGCAACAACCCAGCAACAGGACCGCUACCUCCGCCUUUGUGCAAGGAGGAGUAGGAGGAGCACUGCCAGAGCCCUGCAAAAUGACCUCCAGCAGGCCACAAAUGUGCAUGUGUCUGCUCAAAUGGUCAGAAACAGACUCCAUGAGGGUGGUAUGAGGGCCCAACGUCCACAGGUGGGGGUUGUGCUUACAGCCCAACACCGUGCAGGACGUUUGCCAUUUGCCAGAGAACACCAAGAUUGGCAAAUUCGCCACUGGCGCCCUGUGCUCUUCACAGAUGAAAGCAGGUUCACACUGAGCACAUGUGACAGACGUGACAGAGUCUGGAGACGCCGUGGAGAACAUCCUCCAGCAUAACCGGUUUGGCGGUGGGUCAGUCAUGGUGUGGGGUGGCAUUUCUUUGGGGGGCCGCACAGCCCUCCAUUUGCUCUCCAGAGGUACCCUGACUGCCAUUAGGUACCGAGAUGAGAUCCUCAGACCCCUUGUGAGACCAUAUGCUGGUGCGGUUGGCCCUGGGUUCCUCCUAAUGCAAGACAAUGCUAGACCUCAUGUGGCUGGAGUGUGUCAGCAGUUCCUGCAAGAGGAAGGCAUUGAUGCUAUGGACUGGCCCGCCCGUUCCCCAGACCUGAAUCCAAUUGAGCACAUCUGGGACAUCAUGUCUCGCUUCAUCCACCAACGCCACGUUGCACCACAGACUGUUCAGGAGUUGGCGGAUGCUUUAGUCCAGGUCUGGGAGGAGAUCCCUCAGGAGACCAUCCGCCACCUCAUCAGGAGCAUGCCCAGGCGUUGUAGGGAGGUCAUACAGGCACAUGGAGGCCACACACACUACUGAGCCUCAUUUUGACUUGUUUUAAGGACAUUACAUCAAAGUUGGAUCAGCCUGUAGUGUGGUUUUCCACUUUCAUUUUGAGUGUGACUCCAAAUCCAGACCUCCAUGGGUUGAUAUAUUUGAUUUCCAUUGAUAAUUUUUGUGUGAUUUUGUUGUCAGCACAUUCAACUAUGUAAAGAAAAAAGUAUUUAAUAAGAUUAUUUCAUUCAUUCAGAUCUAGGAUGUGUUAUUUUAGUGUUCCCUUUAUUUUUUUGAGCAGUGUAUAUACAUUUGUUUACUGUAUAGAUACUUGUGGGCUAGGAAAACCAGGCCGUGUAUGACACUUCUGGUAUAAAGAAUCACAUUUGUACAAAACAAUUCUAACAGCCCAGACUGAUUAGUUAACCAAAAGGUAUGGCAUAAUCAUGUAACCGACAUAUAGUAGGCCAAGGGUGCCUUAAAACCAAAACAUAAACGCAUGUCCAAAUGAUUUGGUAAAACCGCUGUUCUACAUUUUCAAAUGGUUGACGGAUGUCAUUACUGUAAUGGCAGACAGCAGAACACAACACUAGGCCCUCCAACGCACUGCUCCCAAUAAAAACCAUUGAGUUGCUGCGUUGUGGGUUUGAAGGCAGCCCAAAGAA